AUGAACCCUUCUGGGCGGAGGAUGGACGAAGGGCGUCAGCAGCAGGGGGCUGCCUCCGGGAAGCGCCUCCUGCUCCCCGGGAAGAGAGGGUCACCCGGCAGGAGGUCGUGCGGCGUUGGCGCUGGGGCGCAGAGCACCCUGCUGAGGCUCUUCCUGUACGCUGGGCUGUGGAUGGCCUCGGGCUCAUCUGCCCAGGUGUUCAACCUUAGUCUUUUCGUGGACGAGGGGCUUCCUCCAGACACGCUGGUAGGCGACAUCCGCGCAGGCCUGCCAGUCUCAGAGCAACAGGAGGGGGGCGGUUUCUUUCUGUCUGAGGACUCAGAGGACUCCCCGUUGCUGGACGACUUUCACGUGCACCCGGACACCGGCAUCAUCCGAACAGCGCGGUGCCUGGACCGCGAGCUGCGGGACCACUACAGUUUCGUGGCCGCCACGCUGCUGGGCACGGUGGUGCAGGUGGAGAUCCGUGUCAACGACGUGAACGAUCACUCGCCCCGUUUCCCCCGCGACUCCCUGCAGCUCGACGUAUCCGAGCUUAGCCCACCAGGUACCGCCUUACGCCUGCCAGGUGCCCGUGACCCCGACGCAGGGCUGUUCAGCAUACAGGGCUAUACACUGUUGCAACGGACAGACCUUCCCGGAGACUCCACAGGACCGUACUUUCAGCUGCGCUACGGGACCCCAGGGCUACCGCCGCCUACCCUGCUGGAGCCCCUGGACCUGGUGCUGUUGAGGCGCUUGGACAGAGAGAAGGUGGCGGCGCACGAGCUGCAGAUCGAGGCUUGGGACGGCGGCCACCCGCGGCGCACCGGCAGUCUGCGGGUGGAGCUACGCGUACUGGAUGAGAAUGACAACCCGCCAGUUUUCGAACAAGGAGAGUACCAAGCCACCGUGCGCGAGGACGCCCCUCCGGGCGCCGAGGUUUGCCACGUGCGAGCCACCGAUCGCGACUUGGGACCCAACGGCCACGUGCGCUACCGCCUUCGCUCCCGCCAGGCAUCCGGGGCCGACGGCGAGCCCCUGGGCGACACGGCCUAUUUCACAGUGGAAGAGCUGAGCGGCGUGGUGCGAGUGCGGAGGCCGCUAGAUCGCGAGACACAGGCCUGGCACCAGCUGGUGGUGGAGGCCAGAGAUGGAGGCGCGGAGCCUGAGGUCGCCACCGUGCGGGUGUCUAUCUCUGUGCUGGACGUGAAUGACAACCGCCCUGCCAUUCACCUGCUCUUCCUCACCGAAGGCGGUGUCGCCCGCGUCUCCGAAGGUGCCAGGCCCGGCGACUAUGUGGCUCGCAUCUCGGUGUCCGACGCGGACGGCGACCCGGAGAAGGAAGAGGAGGACGCUAAGGAGCUUGUUGUCGGACUGAGAGGAGGUGACAUCUCUCUGUCCUUGGAGGGCAGUGAGGGACCCUUUGAGUUGCGACCUGGAGGCUCCCCUGGGGUAUUUUUUCUUUGCGUCCAGGGGCCCCUGGACAGGGAGAACCGCGACCUAUAUGAGUUGAGAUUAAUGGCCACAGACUCAGGGUCCCCUCCACUAACCACUGAAGAGAUCCUGCUGCUCCGGGUUGCGGACAUCAACGACCAGCCGCCACUGUUUAGCCAGGAGCACUACCAGGCCUCAGUUUCUGAGGCCGCGGUCCCUGGCACUGCAAUCUUGUGGGUCAGAGCCUCCGAUGGAGACGAACCUGGCACCGACAGCGCCCGGCUGCGCUAUGCGUUGGUGGAACCUCUGGCUCACUGCAUUCCAGAGACUUUGUCGCCCACCCUAGGGUGCGGAUCAUACUUCACCAUUGAUCCUGAGACCGGUGUGAUCAGCACCCUAAGGACUCUAGACAGGGAGGUUCAGGAGAUGGUGGAGUUGACAGUGGUGGCUCAGGACCUCGGAGAGCCCCCUCUCUCUGCCACAUGCCUAGUGAGCAUCACUGUGGAUGAUGUGAAUGACAACGAGCCUGUCUUCCGGAGGCAGGUAUACAAUGCCACCCUUGAGGAACAUACCCCAGUCGGACACUGCUUUCUGCAGGCAUUGUAUUGA